AUGGCCGUGGAGCAGGACACGGUGAUAUGUGUGACCACCAAGGUCCCGGAGGCGGCCGGGGUGCCCCUUCCCGGCGGUGGGGGCCUGGUACUGCCUCUGACGCCCGCCGAGAGGGCGGCGCGGAGGGAAGAAAUGGAGCAAAGCAAGGCUGCGGCAGCUGCGGCAGACCAGCAGAAGCUGGAAGACAUCAAGGAGGGGUAUCGUGUGCGAGCCAUCAGGCGGGCAGCCGGGGGAAAGAAGCGGCACGAGCGCAGCCCGGCCGAGAGCGAGGCCCUGUCUCGCAUGCUGAAGCAGCGUCUGGAACGUGUCAUGGAGACGAGAGGGUACAGAGAGAUGCUCUGGGCGCGCGAAAGGCUGCCGAUCUGGUCAAUGCGGGAGGAGGUGGUGCGGUUGGUGGAGGAGAACACGGUGAUAGUGCUGAGCGGCGCUACUGGCAGCGGGAAGUCGACGCAGGUGCCGCAGUUCUUGCUCGACCAUUACAUCGAAGGGGGUCGGGGUAGCCAGGUCAAUAUUCUCGUCACCCAGCCUCGACGCAUCAGCGCCAUCUCGCUUUGCGAGCGAGUGGCGGCAGAGCGGUGCGUGGAGGUGGGCCGGGACGUGGGCUACUCGAUUCGCCUGGAGGCACGGGUGUCGGAUUCCACCGCCUUGACCUUCGUGACCACAGGCUUGCUCCUCCGGCGCCUGCAAGAGGACCCCGACCUACAAGGCGUCUCUCACGUGGUGAUUGACGAAGUGCACGAGCGCGACAUCCAUUCGGACUUCCUUCUCAUCAUCAUGCAAGAGCUGCUGGAGCGGCGGAAGGGACUGAAGCUGAUCCUGAUGAGCGCUACACUGCAGGCAGACCUCUUUCAGGAGUACUUUGGGAACUGCCCGGCCGUCCACGUGCCUGGACGCACGUUUCCCGUCCGGCACGUCUUCCUGGAGGAUAUCGAAGCCAAGCUGGCCUCGGUCAAGUCCGUGCCUGGCAUGAGCCAGGGCGGUGUGGGAGGCAACGGACGAGGGGGAGGAGGUCGGGGGGGCGGACGUGGCAGAGGCCUGGGGGGGAGAGGGAAUGGAGGCGGGCGCGGCCUUGGAAAGGAGCACAGACAAUUGAGCAAUGGGAGUUUGAAAGGAAUCGGAAAUGAGAAUGGGAAUGGCGUCGCAGGUCCCCCGCUGAUCUCUCCUAAAGCCGAGGACCCGAUCGACUACCAGCUCAUCGUCAAAUUGCUGACCCUCCUCGUCACGAUCCGAGAGGCAGACGACAACGAAGUGGGCGGUGCCGUUUUGGUCUUUUUCUCGGGCUUCCAGGAGAUCAACGAGCUUUGCAAGCUGAUGGCGGCCCAUGCGGUCCUGGGGAACCCCAAACGUGUCCAGGCCUACCCCCUGCACUCCUCCCUCCCCUCCGACGCGCAGCGAGCAGUCUUCCGGCGGAUGCCCAAGGGUGUGACCAAGAUCGUGGUUGCCACCAACAUUGCGGAAACCUCCAUCACCAUCGACGAUAUCUCCAGUGUGAUCGACAGCGGACGUGUGAAGGAGAUGCGGUACGACGCAGAAACACACAUGAGCUCCCUUGUGAGUGUUUGGACCUCCCAAGCCGCUGCCUCCCAGCGAGCCGGCCGGGCGGGGCGUGUGCGGGAAGGAACGUGCUUUCGGCUGUACAGUAAAAGCUUCAUGGAGGCGCAAAUGCCCAAGUAUACUCUCCCAGAGAUGCUGCGCACCCCCUUGGAAGAGCUGUCGCUGACCAUCUUGGCGCUGGAAUUGGGCAGUCCCGCCGACUUUCUGGCACGAGCCAUCGAACCCCCACCUCCUGAGGCGAUUUCGACUGCCGUCAAAAAUCUCCGAGAAAUCGACGCAUUACGGAAGCAGAAAGAUUUGGACACCAAGGAAGUGUCUUAUUACCUGAUGCCUUUAGGUUUCCACUUGGCAAACCUACCGUGCGACGCGCGUAUCGGGAAAAUGCUGAUCAUAGGCUCCAUUUUGGGAUGUCUAGAGCCCAUUUUGACAAUAGCAGCCUGCUUGAGCUACAAAAGUCCGUUUUCGAACCCAUUUGGUAUGCAGCAAGAAGCGGACAGGGCACAUGCCAAAUACGGAUCGGCCCUGUCAGACCACAUUGCGGCUUUGGAAGCAUACAAUGGGUGGGCAGAGCUUCGGAAUGAGCCUUAUCGUGUGCGCAAAGACUACUGCACGGAAAAUUUUUUGUCGAUCGCCACCUUGGAGCAGAUUGAAGCCUUGCGAAAAGAAUUGAGACGGCAGCUUAUCGAUAUAGGCUUUGGCGCGGGAGAGCCGCGCAAAAUGUCGCGGUGCUGCGGGUAG